AUGUUUGGGGCCUUCAUUGGCCUUGCUGGCCUUGUCAGCUAUGCCACCGCCCAAAGCGACUCUGUCAAAGUCAAGUGGCUUGAGGAUACACCAGAAUACCUCGCUGGCGUGACAUUCGGCCUACCGUGGCCUCGAGGACAGCACCUUGCGAACGCAACAACCUUCACCGUCUCUGGGGAUGCGGAACUUCAGUCGUGGGUAACAGCAUACUGGCCUGAUGGCUCGCUGAAGUGGACCGGACAUGCCCUAGGAGCUAGCGACGCCCCAGCCAGCGAAUAUACAAUCACAGCUUCUGGUGCAGGAAACUCCUCGACUUCGCUAUACCAGCGUCAAGCCAAUGGCAUCCAAGUCACCGACUCUGACAACACCAUCGUGGUUAAUACCGGCAAAGUCUCAGCAACCUUUCCCAAGUCGGGAAACAUUCUGGUUUCCACCAUUGAAGCCGGCGGAAAGACGGUCGGAAGCAACGGCCACCUCGUCCUGCGCUCUCAAAACGGUACUCCUGAUGACAAUGAAGAUGGCAAGCCAACCGGCAUCGACUACUUCAGCUUCACCAGCAAGAUCUCGAACGUCACUGUAUCGGAGGAGAACAGCGUUCGAUCAUUAGUCACAGUCAACGGCAUCCAUACUAUCGAUGGAGAUGGCGUUCAUGACGACUGGAUACCCUUCACCGUUCGGUUUUACCUUUACGCCAACUCCGAAGCAAUUCGGGUCAUUCACACCAUCAUCUAUGAUGGAGAUAUGCAUAAAGACUUCAUGUCGGGUAUCGGCAUCCGCUUCGAUGUUCCCCUAGCUGAAGAGGAGUUCUACGAUCGUCAUGUCCGGAUCGCGGGUGUCGAUGGCGGAAUGCUGCAUGAAGCCGUCAAGGGCAUUACCGGUCUACGUCGAGACCCAGGUGUCGACAUUCGAUCCGGUCAGUUCAACGGCACAGUUUUGCCACCGAACUCUACAUGGGAUCAGAGGGUGACCACUCGUUUACAGUGGAUCCCAACGUGGAGCGACUAUCAGCUCACACAACUCUCACCAGAUGGCUUCAACCUCAAGAAGCGCACGAAGGCUGGCCAAAGCUGGGUCAAGAUCCCUGGAGGCACACGCUCAGGUGGCCUAGCAUAUCUCGGCGGCGCUACGGUUGGCGGCCUUGCCGUGGGCCUUCGAGAUUUCUGGAAGAAGUAUCCUACCAGUUUAGAUAUCUCUAAUGCUGCAACUGAUACUGGGUCAAUCACCAUGUGGCUGUACAGCCCUCAAGCAGGGCCCAUGGAUAUCCGCCCAUACCACGACGGACUUGGACAAGACACCUACAAACAGCAACUAGACGCUCUGGAUAUCACAUACGAAGACUGGGAAAGAGGCUACGACACUCCCUACGGCCUUGGCCGCACCAACGAGCUUUACAUCUACGCGUUUGACAAGACUCCAUCCGCCAAACACCUUGCAACGCUCACCAACUUCACCAACAACCCACCCGUUCUCAUUCCUGAGCCAGAGUACAUGCGCGACACCAAAGCGAUUGGGUCGUACUGGGACGUGCCUGGUGCUGUGGAUUCUGCGCAAGCAAAAACUAUCGAGAACAACAUGGACUUCCUGAUCAAGUUCUACGAGGACCAGAUCGAGCAGCGUCGCUGGUACGGAUUCUGGGACCACGGAGAUAUCAUGCACACCUAUGACAACGAUCGUCAUCAAUGGAGAUAUGAUGUCGGUGGCUAUGCCUGGGAUAAUUCGGAGCUGUCUCCUGACCUCUUCUUCUGGGACUUCUUCCUCCGUACCGGCAGAGCAGAUGCUUACAAAAUUGCUCACGACCAAGUACGGCAUGGAGGCGAAGUUGACUCAUACCAUCUGGGCAACUUUACUGGGCUCGGGACGAGACAUGGCGUCCAACAUUGGAGUGACAGUGCCAAACAGGCUAGAAUCUCAACUCCGGUCUACCGCAAGACAUUUUACUACAUCUCCGGCGGCGAUGAGCGGACUGGCGACCUGGUAAGUGAGGUCAUGGAUGCUGAUAAAGCCUUCCUUCGCGUAGAUGCGAGACGCAAGGUGCGAGAACCGGGUAUUGUAUACAAUCCUGAUCCCGAAGCGCUGUUCCUCAACUUUGGCACCGACUGGGCUGGUAUUGCCCAAGCAUAUCUUAUCGAGUGGGAGCGCCGCGGGCCUCGAUGGGAAGAAGCUCGCAAAAAGCUCGUCGAGUCCAUCAUGACAUAUCCAAAGCUCGAGAACGGAUUCGCCACUGGCGAAGCUUUCUACAACAGCCUCACUGGUGCGUGGGCACCGCCGCCGACAGACCCGAACAACACUGGCAACGUCACGGUUUCGCAUCUGUCUGGUGUCUUCGGCGUCCUUGAGACUAUCGAUCAGCUUAUGGAUCACUUCGGUGCAGAGCAAAAGAAUCUCACUCAACCUUUCUUCGAAGCAUUCUUGGACUACUGCUACUAUUACGGCGCCGGGAAGGCUGAACAGAAGGCUCGUUAUGGCAAGGACUUUGGCACUUUAAGUUUGAUGCAGGGCCACUCACGCUUCACCGCAUAUGUCGCCAAUCAUCGCAACAACGCGACACUCGUUCCAAGAGUUUGGUCAGAGUUCUUGGGCGAUGGUAGUAAGGAUGGGCUUGCACCGGGUGCUCCAUGGGCGAGGGUGAGGAUCGAUGGGAGUGAUGCACUUUCUGCUGUCGAUGAAGCCACAUGGGUCAGCACGAAUGCCGCAGCGCUAUACGGCGUUGCUGGUAUUGAGAACCUGGCUCUCGUAGGCGCACCCGACAUUGUUAUACGAUGGGUAGUCAGAGGCAUCUACCGAGUCUACUUCCAUCCGCUUAGCCGCUUCCCUGGGCCAAAGUCCUCUGCUUUUACGCGCCUACCGUACCUCGCUGCCAUAGCGAAAGGUGAACUACCGCGACACAUUGCUCAGCUCCACAAACAGUACGGAGAGGUAGUGCGCAUCUCGCCCGACGAACUCAGCUUCACCAACCCAAAAGCCUGGCGCGACAUCUAUGGUUAUGGGUCAAAGGAAGGACCAGGCUCCGCGCCGCCCAAGAACUGGAACCGGCAGGGAAGUUCUCCUAAUGGAGCCAACUCACUUGUCGCAGAGCAAGACAACGCCGAACAUGCGCGGAUCCGCAGAAUCUUCUCUCCCGCGUUCUCUGAUCGAGCGCUCGUACAGCAGUCACCGCUAUUUACCAAGUACGCUGAUCAACUCGUCCGCAACUUGAGAGAAAGUGUCCAAGCGAACGCGGUCGACCUCGUCCGAAUGUACAACUUCACCACUUUCGACGUCAUGGCCGACCUAACAUUUGGCGAACCUCUACAUCUGCUCGAUAACUCAGAAUACAAUUCCUGGAUCCAAGUCAUCUUCAAAGGCAUCAAGCGCGGCACGCUAAUGAGCAUCUUCUUCAACUACUACCCGCUCGCCAAGUUCAUGCUAUUUACAUUGUUAGGUAAACGGAUUGCGACAUUUCGGAGAGAACAUCACAACUACACCGUAGAAAGAGUCACCAAGCGACUUGAAAAGGGACGAGUGUCCGAGGGUGUCGAUCUGUGGGACCUGGUUCUCCAACAAGAAGACAAGGGUAAAGCGGGUCUAACCCGCCCUGUAAUGGAUAUGAACGGCGAGUUGUUCAUGCUAGCUGGGACCGAAACGACAGCGACGUUGCUCAGUGGACUGACCUACUUGCUUCUGGCCCACCCCGAGUCAAUGGCGAAGCUCGUGAAUGACAUUCGGACGGCAUUCAACUCAUCAGACGACAUUAGUAUGGAAGUCACCGCUGGCUUACCCUAUCUCAAUGCGUGCAUCAAGGAAGCGUUCAGACACUAUCCUCCUGUACCGAUUGGCUUGCCGCAUCUCACUCCUGCUGAAGUCCUAAAGACGAAUGUUGCAGCCUCUCAUCUGGCAAUGUACAACUCUCCCGACAACUUCAGCCUCCCCGAACGUUUCAUCCCCGAGCGCUGGCUGGGUGACCCACGCUUCGCCUCCGAUGAACGCUCAGCUCUCCAGCCGUUCCAUGUAGGUCCAAGGGACUGCCUAGGCAAGAACAUGGCCCUCCACGAAAUGCGCCUCAUUAUGAGCAAAGUACUGUUUAACUUUGAUCUCGAAUUACUCCCCGAAUGUCGGAAUUGGAUUGCGGAUCAGAAAAUAUACUCGUUGUGGGAGAAGACCCCAUUGAUGGUUAAGAUCAAGGAUGCACGCGCAAGCGCUUUCAAGACACGCUGCCACCUACCUACACGGCUCAUGGCAUUCGCAGCCACGGCAAUGAUGGCCGCCCGACAUUCCUCCUUGACGAUCAAAACACUCAGCAAGGUCCCAGACGUGGAUAUGUACGAAGAUGUUAUCCAAUUAACGACACCACUCCAACUCCAACCACCUGUAUCCAUCUACAUCAAGAGCGACUCACCAUAUCGGGUCACUCUCAUAAGGGGCAACAGUAUCGACGUUGACGCUGGCCCUGAGUUCUUCACCAAGAUCACGUCCUUGAGGCCGCUCGUCAUUGCGUCGUCAGCACCGCUUAAGUCCGCAUUCGAAGAGGGAUGGAACAAGCUGCCAGCCGAGCUGAAGGUCCUAAUCCUUGAGUUUAAUGUGAAAGCCGAGAAUCGCGUCGGCGCACGCAACAAGGGAGUCUACCACCCAGUCGUCCAUUGUCGGCUGCUUCCCCACCUGACCAUGACACGCGAAAUCGCCGCAAUAGCGCGAGAGAUCUUUUGGACCAAGAACGAGUUCCAUCUAGAGCCGUCCUAUGAGUCCGUCGUUAUCGGAAAUGGAAGGUUGGACACCCGCCUCUACUUCGCCUAUCCCCCACAAGCAUCUCACCAUCUCAUUCGACGGCUCGCUGUGCGCAUCCGCCCGAUGAGGAUUGAAUGGCUGAAACUUGCUAAGCUUGCGAACGGUGACUACGGUUUCGCUGCGCUUCGCAACAUCGUUGUCGAGUUGGACAUGCGGAUUGUGCACUUGACCAGUGCGAGAAAAUUCAACGACUUUCUCACUAACACCAUCGGCGAUGGAAUCGAUUUUCACUGCGCUGGAAAUUUGAAGUUCCUUGCUCCACAGAAAGCCAAGGGCAGGUCAUCAGAGGUCUCGUUCGAGGAUGUGAAGAAGAUGUUCAACGGCAAGAUCAGGUUCGCGGUCGAGGAGACCAAGGCGGAAGGUUAA